AUGCGCGUUGCCUAUUUCAAUGAACUGGAUACCUAUGCGCAAAUUUUUGAUCAACGUAUUGGUAACCACUAUAACAAUCCGUCAUUUGGUUAUGGUGGCUAUUGCCUACCCAAAGACACCAAACAACUUUUAGCUAACUAUAAUCACGUUCCAAGUAAUUUGAUUCAAGCCAUUGUUGACUCAAACAGUACGCGUAAAGACUUUAUCGCAGACUCAGUGAUUGCACGUAAUCCCAAUAAAGUUGGUAUUUAUCGCCUAGUGAUGAAAAGUGGUUCAGAUAAUUUUAGAGCGUCCGCAAUCCAAGGUGUGAUGAAACGCAUCAAAGCCAAGGGAAUUGAAGUGAUUGUCUAUGAACCAACUUUACAAGAAGAUGAGUUCUUUAAGUCCAAAGUCGUCAAUGAUUUAGAACAAUUUAAACAGCAAAGUGACGUGAUUAUUGCCAAUCGGGUUUCUAAUGACUUAAGUGAUGUAUUAGAUAAAGUCUAUACACGAGAUAUUUUCGGAGCAGAUGAAUGA